AUGAUAAGCCACGACAGGAAGAACCUGAUGAGGUCGACUACAGAUCGUCCCUUGAGGUUUGCGUUGCUGGGGCCACAUAAUUCGUCCAAGUCGUCGAUCGUCUCAAUUAUCACAAGCAACAAAUCUCUAGGUAAUUACUACCCUACCAUCCAGAAUUCCCCCACACUACUCCAGUUUCAGCCUGCAAAUCCAAAAACCCGGACCCUGCUUGAUAUCAACGCAACUGAAGCCGACUUCGAGGAAAUGGGAAUUAUAGGGGGCAUCGAUAUCAACCUCACAGAGCCUAUCUUGAGUGCCGUCAAAAAAACCCAGUCGAGAAACACAUCUACCGAGCACGUCCUCAGCAAGACCCUGAACUACUACGACCUGGACUACACAGAACUGGACGACAAACUAUUUCCUAUCUCGCCGUACUCUUCGCCGCUAAACUACAGCAGCGUUUCGAGCCCUUUUAGUUCGCCUUUUGAACACUCUUUCGAAAAACAAAAAGUUCGGUCGAAUUCCACUAACCGCAGCGCUUACACCCCGCCAUACACCACGCCCAUUCUUCUCGAGCUCAUUGACACGCCUGGAGUGGAGGCAGAAGAGCUGAUACCUUUUUUGGAACGGUCGUUGGACUCGAGACUGGCCAAGGACGUUCUGAGGAACCUGGCUGAGGACAACGACGGAGGGCUUGGACGUGCCAGAGUGAAGCCAUUGAUAGUUGGAUCUGGAAUUAGUGAUCUAAACGGCUCCAUCGAUGGAUACAUUCUCUGUUAUAGCUGCAUCCCGGAAACUACACUGGACUCUCCACCACCGUCUUACUGCGUGACAGACGAUCCACAAGAUAAUCAGCCUCUCAAGCCGUUAGAGGUGGUCAAGGCGAUAAAGUCGACUUUAGAGGAGGCAUGGACAGAGUAUUUAAGAUACCACCAUAACUGGGAGGUUGGCCAAGAGUAUGACAUUUUCUCGAUCAAUCGUUCUCUCAAGACUCUGUGGAAUAAAUCCAAGAUAGCGCAGACAGACCCGAACGCAACGUAUCUUCCUCCUAUUGUGAUGGUCGCGACUCAUUGUGCACAUGAGCUAGCGUCGCCGGUGUUGGUCGAAGAAGGCAGAAAACUGGCCAAACAGUGGAGCUUCCCGUUCAUCGAGAUUGACUGCUCGUUCGAGAACUGGACAAACGUGGAGGAAUGCGUGGGGCUGAUGAUUCGAGAGAGUAUCGAGUCGCAAAGAGCAGCAGGCCAGUCCGGCGCGCUGAAAAAGAGCAAAGCCCCGGGAGCCGUAAAGCCUAAGGUCCAUCUGGCAUAG